AUGGCAGCUCCGUUCGCUCAAAAAUGGGCCCGGUUCAUUCCGAUGAUCGGGUACCACCAUGUGUUGAUGAUUAUCAUCGCAGUUGCUAUUAUCUUACUAUCACUCCUGUUGGCCGGCUGCUCUUCAUCAUCCCCACAGAUCCCUGACAUCUUCCUCAUCUCUCUAUACUAUGAAAAGUAUAACCCCAUUAGGGAUCUCGCACAAGUCCAACCAGAUGUCGCGACUGCCCUCUCCAACAUAGUCGGCGGUGCAGAGAUGGAAGUCCGAGUGGGCUACUUUGGUAUCUGUGUUCAGCCUGAUAAAGGUUCUUUCAUUUGCAACGCCAAUGCGACGGCGCUGGCUGAGAUUGUCACUGUGGAUCAAGAUCCACUGAACCUGAUCUGGGUUGCCUCGACGUUCAAAGAUGCCGUUGUGUUCCCGUAUCUCCUGAUUGUUGCUGUCAUUCUCGCAUUCUUCUGUUUCAUCCUUCUGGCGACAUUCCCUGGCUGGCACGAGGAGGUCGACGACACGGGGUCUGAGCGUGAAGUCAAGCCUUUCCCCUCCCGGCCCGUCUCCCAGGCUGCGCUAGCCCUCAUUUUCGUCUCCUCGGUGUUCGUUCUGGUGUCCGUACUGUGGCAGCACACAGCAUCUGUCGCUGCCAGUACGAUAGCCCAAGACAUGGGCAAUGGAAGUGUGAAGAGCGGCGUCGGCUCUUCUGCAAUGGUGCUUGGCUGGUUUGGCUUUGUCCUACUAGUUAUAGUCACUGUUGGUUUGCUGGUCAUGAUCUUGAGUAUAAGUCUGAUCCGGAAACUGACCGACGAGGAAUAA